CUCUUGGAGAGGUGCAGGAAGCCAAGACCUGCCCGUUGGAGUGGCUGCGGGUCUCUUCUCCCACCGAAACUCUUCCUGCUGGAAGGUGGGCUCGAGUGACUUGGAUGGAGCCAGCCAGGGUCUGACCACCAUGAAACUCCACAUCUCCAGUGCUUUGAUCUCUUCCCGCCUGGAACGCACCCCAGACCGGCAGGGGUUGCUGUAUAAAAAGAGCAGUCGCAGUUCCUCCUACCACCCGUGUUGGUGCAUGCUCUGGGGUAAUCUUCUCUUCUAUCGGGAGCGAGCUGGAGACCGGGAUCCUCCUAAACUCAUCAUCUUGGAAGGCUGCACCGUGGAACUACGAGAAUCCACAUCUGAACCAUAUGCUUUUGAAAUUUCUUACCCCCGUGGGUUACCUGGUAGCCGGGCAUACCAGAUGGCAGCUGAGAAUCAAGAAACACUGGAGGGCUGGGUGCGAGCACUCAGUACCGCCAGGUUCGAAUACCUCAGGGCCUUGGCUGCUGAGCUGGAAGGGCAGUUUCAAAUGCUGAAGAACCAGCAGCCUCUCAAAUCAGAUGGAGCCCCAGGAGCCUCAAAAAACUGUAAGCUCCCCUUUCCAAAACUGGUGGCUGAAAUGGGAUCCAAACAGACAAAUUUCUCACGGCUCCACCAGGAAUUUGGUGAGGACAUUGUGAGCUUAAGGUGUAUGUGGAAGGAGAAGAAAGCUGCCAAGAAGCAACCUACAGAAAACAAUUUGAUAGACUUGGGGUAGGGGGGAAAAACAGCAAUACCAAAUGCUUGACCACAAUAAGCAAGUCUAGAGAAUUGGAAUCUAUAUGAAGUCAGAGGAAGGGAAUGAUACUGCUACGUAUAACUGCCUGAAUCACCUGUUUGAUCCGCACCUGUAAAACAGAAACCUUAGGUACUUUUUUUUAAAGAGAAUAUUUUAAUAAAUUAAAAACAGUAAGCGA